AUGUCGACGUGGGGUGAGCAUUUCCGUGUGACGACCUAUGGCGAGUCACACUGCCGAUCGGUCGGCUGUAUCGUUGACGGUGUGCCUCCCGGCAUGGAGCUCACGGAGGCGGACAUCCAGCCUCAAAUGACUCGUCGUCGCCCUGGACAGAGCGCCCUCACCACCCCGCGCGAUGAGAAGGACCGGGUCGAGAUCCAGUCAGGUACCGAGUUCGGCGUCACACUAGGCACGCCCAUUGCCAUGAUUGUUCGCAAUGAGGACCAGCGCCCCAAGGAUUACGGCGGUAGCACGAUGGAUCUCUACCCCCGGCCCAGCCACGCUGAUUUCACCUACUUGGAGAAGUACGGUGUGAAGGCCAGCAGUGGUGGUGGCCGCAGCAGUGCCCGUGAGACUAUCGGCCGUGUCGCCGCUGGCGCUAUCGCUGAGAAGUACCUGAAGCUGUCACAUAAUGUCGACAUUGUCUCCUUCGUCUCCUCCCUUUUGGAGACUAUCGACCGCCAAACGGUGGAUCAGUUCAUCCCCGUCCGCUGCCCCGACUCCGGCGCGUCUGAGCGCAUGACCAAGGUGAUUGAGAAGUAUCGUGAUGCCCACGACAGCAUCGGAGGAACUGUCACCUGUGUGAUCCGCAAUGUUCCCGUGGGUCUGGGCGAGCCCUGCUUCGACAAGCUCGAGGCUAAGCUUGCGCACGCCAUGCUGAGCAUUCCCGCCACCAAGGGCUUCGAGAUCGGCUCCGGCUUCGGUGGUUGCGAGGUGCCCGGUUCCAUCCACAACGAUCCCUUCGUCGUCUCUGAGGAUGGUCGUCUCAAGACCAAGACCAACAACUCCGGCGGUAUUCAGGGUGGUAUCUCCAACGGAGCCUCCAUCUACUUCCGUGUGGCCUUCAAGCCUCCCGCGACUAUCGGUCAGGCCCAGAGCACCGCCACCUACGCCUUGCAGGAUGGUACUCUGGAAGCUAAGGGUCGUCAUGAUCCAUGCGUUGUGCCUCGCGCUGUGCCCAUCGUUGAGGCUAUGUCUGCACUGGUCGUCAUGGACGCUCUGAUGGUGCAGUAUGCCCGAGAGAGUGCGAGAAGCAUGCUGCCUACGCUGAACACCACUCUGGCUACCAAGCCCACAACUGCUCCUAAAGAGACUUGA